UUCACUAAAUUUUCACACUGCAAAAACAGAAUGAGCAAUUAUAUUUUUCUUCCCUCCACUUUCUCAAUUAAUAUAUUUAUUAUCUUCUUUCUACUUACCCCUUGCCACUCCCUUAGACCUAUUCAUUUUCCUAGUCAAAGCAAAGGGAGUCACAAGCCCAUGGAGGUUAAGGAAGGGAUGGAGUUAUACCCGACGGGUUCGAGGCUACCCGAUUGCUCGUACGCAUGUGGGCCGUGCAUGCCCUGCCGGAGGGUCAUGGUUAGCUUCAUGACGUGCUCGGUCGAGUCGUGUCCCGUCGUCUACCGUUGUGUGUGUAAAGGAAGAUAUUUUCACGUCCCUACCAACUAAUUGAUGUCACGUUCUAUGUAAUAAUAUUAGUCAAAUUUUUGUUAGGGAAGUUUUCUUAUAUAACCUUUAAUUUGGGAGUAAAAUAUUUCCUCUUUUAUCUCA